AUGACCUUGAAGCCAGGGCGCGUCCUGAAUUAUGGCAAGGAAUGUCGCGACAACGGAAACGGAAACGGCAAUGGUUGGACACCCACCGACGAGGGCAGGAAGAAGGACCAGUUACUUGACAGCCACGUCGAGUAUGAAUUUGGCGGCCCAUGGGGUGUGGUCGCGAUCAUGACGGGGUUCCCCAUCCUCAUGUAUUACCUCUGGAUCUGCCUCGUCUUCUACGACGGCCAGCUGGAGCACCCUACGUCCACCGACGACAUCAAGCCUUUCCUCUGGCGCAUGUGGGAGCAUGUUCGCGUUGAUGCCAGUCCUAACGUCUACGCGUGGAAGGUCUACACCGGUCUCAUCACAUACCAACUGUUCCUUGCAUCUGUCGUUCCUGGUUACAUGCAAGAAGGCUUGCCCGUCCCAUCUCUAGGAUACAAGACGCUCAUGUACAAAUGCAAUGCCUACGGCUCCAUCUACAUUUCCAUGAUCACCGCCGCCGUUCUGCACACCACAGGCAUCUUCCGCAUGACCGAAAUAAUUGACAACUUUGGGCACCUCAUGACCGUCGCUAUGAUUUACGGCUUCGCAUCGCAUGUCCGAAACUUCAUCUACGACGUCUUCAUGGGAGCGUGUCUCAACCCUCGUAUUGGCCCCGUCGACCUCAAGAUGUGGCUUGAGGUCCGUAUUCCCUGGGUCAUCGUCUUCUUUAUGUCUGUCUCUGGUGCGUGCAAGCAAUACGAACAGUAUGGCUACGUUACCCCCAACAUGGCGUUCAUGUGCCUCGCGACGUGGCUUUACCUGAACGCAUGCGGCAAGGGUGAAGAACUCAUUCCCCAAACGUGGGACAUGUUCCAUGAGAAGUGGGGCUUCCUCGUCAUCUUCUGGAACUUCGCCGGUGUUCCCUUCUCGUACAUCUACUCGGUUGUCUACAUGGCCAGCCACGACCCCUCAAAGUACCGCUUCUCGACGUCAGGUUACAUCUUCCUCUACACUACGCUCCUCACGGCAUAUUACAUAUGGGACACUGCAAUGUCCCAAAAGAGUCGCUUCAAAUUACAGACUCAAGGCAUCACGUCGUUCCGCAAGACAUUCCCACAGCUCCCAUGGGGAACCGUCAAGAACCCCAGUUACAUCCAGACAGCACACGGUAAUCGCCUUCUUACCGAUGGAUGGUGGAGAUACUCCCGGAAGCCGAACUACGUCGCGGACUGGGUCAUGAGCCUGACCUGGGGUCUCGUCAUCGGCACGGCCUCGCCUAUCCCGUACUUCUACUCCGUGUUCUUCAUUGUCGUCCUCAUCCAUCGUUGCGGACGCGACUUCGAGAGGUGCGCGAUGAAGUACGGAAAAGACUGGGAGCGCUACUGCUCCGUGGUCAAGUCCAAAUUCAUCCCCGGUAUUUACUAGGGCUUGGGGUUCUGAAGAGAUGCUGCCGUCUUGCGAUGCGCGGCUCUCAACAAAGUAUCUACUGUCUACAAUCUAAUGGUUGCUGCGUACUGCGGAUGAAGUGAGAACAAGCAAGGAUGUAGAUGCCUGGUACCAGCGGGCUGAGUUAUGCUUUGAGGAGAACAUCAGCCUUUAACUUU